UUCGAGACUCCAGACUGGAUUUAAACCACUCGGCAACAAGUCUCGUUCUCAUUCAGUUCUCGAGAUCACAGUUAAAAAUUUAAUUAAAUCGAGAAGGGAGUUAACUAAUUCGUCAUGAAACUUUUCAUAUUUUUUGGACUAUUGUUCUUACUUGGAAAUUACUUCGAGACUGGAAGUUGUGACGAUGGGGAGAGUGACGAAGAGGAAAAUCUCGACACUGUGACCGUUGAGCAAGGAGGGCUGCAAGGGACGCGUUUCACGUCAAGGAGAAAUAGGACGUAUUAUGGAUUUCUGGGGGUGCCUUUUGGAAAAGUGGGGGAGAGAUUUGCGAACGCAGAAAAGGCGGAUAGUUGGGAUGGCGUAAAAGCGGUCAAAACCCUGCCACCCCCAUGCUUCCAGUACUUCAGCUUCACCCAUCAAAUGGUCGGGGUGGAAGAUUGUCUUCAACUCAAUGUCUACUCGCCAAAGCCGAAGAGAGGAGAGCAAAUGCCCGUUAUGUUCUUCAUUUCACCGGGGGGAUUUCAAAUGGGGGGAGCGUCACAUUUUGAAGCGGAAUACAUCAUGGAUCAAGACGUGGUAUUUGUUUCGAUUAAUUUUCGUAUGGGGGCGUUAGGUUUCUUAAAUUCUGGGGACGGAACGGUGACCGGAAAUAUGGGGCUGAGGGAUCAAGUCUUGGCGUUGGAAUGGGUCAAGAAAAAUAUCAAAAACUUUGGAGGUGACUCGACCAAAGUGACAAUUUGGGGGUUAAGUGCAGGUGGAGCUGCGGUCGAUUAUUUGACAAUUUCUCCAAUGGCGAAAGGUCUCUUCCAUCGAGCCAUCGCCAUGAGUGGGUCGUCCCUCAAUCCCUGGGCUUUCCAGCCACAUGCGACCGAAAUUGCGGAACAAUUGGCAACCAAUGCGGGAUGCGGUGACCACCCAAAUUGGCCAGAGAAGGUUAAGUGCCUCCGACAAAAGGUGCCAAGUGAGGUUGUGAACGCGCAGCUUAAACUGAUGAAACAUGGUUUCGACUUCGAAUUCCUCCCAAUGAAAUUUGUCCCCUCCGUUGAAUCCGACAAGGUGCAAGGGCCUCGAUUCCUUUCCGAUACUCCGUACAAUCUCCUCUCCAAGGGUGAAAUUGUCAGUAAGGUGCCAUACAUGACGGGUCACGUGGAAAAUGAGGGGGCAUUCUUCGUCGCCACAAUCGUGAACAGCGAGAAACUCAUGAAAGAAUUGGACACCAAGUGGAUCUCGAUGACGCCGCCGCUCUUCUUUUUCGACGACUUGGUGACGCCCACCCUGCAAGGAGGCGUUUCGAAGGCGAUCCGCGACUUUUACUUGGGGGGACGACCCUUCGAUCAAGCAACGCGGAAAGGAUUCACGGACAUCUAUUCGGACAGACUUUUCAACAACGGGAUCGCCAAAGGGAUCCAGCUAAGGGCCGAUCAUCAACCGGUCUACUCGUACUUGGUGGAUUAUCAAGGACAACAUUCCCUUAUCCAGUUUGACUUUGGGGUGAAGGACAGAGAUGGUGUUGGACACGCCGACGAUCUGAUGUACCUCUUCAACAAGACUUUCGCCGGUCCUGACAUCCUCUUGGGGACGAAGGAUGGGGAAUUCUCGGAGAAAUUGUUGUCCCUUUUUGUCUCAUUUGCAAAAGAUGGGAAACCCACCUCCCUCUGGGGCAACCAACAAGAGUGGCCCACCCAAGAACACAACAAACCAGGAAAAUUGAGUCCGGUCAAAUUGUACAAACUGGAUUUGGAACAGACCGAACUUUUGAGCGAUCCUUGGGCACCGAGACGCAAAUUUUGGGAUACGCUGCCAAUCAAGGAGCACGAAAAAGUGGGGAUGGACGACCCCAAGGAAGAAUUAUAGAUGACUGAUUAUCGACAUUUACAUACACGCAUGUUUACCAUCAGAAUUAUUAAAUAAUUAAAUAAAUUGUUAUGUUUUUGUUUGAAUCUGACAAAUAAAUACUAAUUGGUACACAAAUUACACUUAA